AUGAAAAUUAUCCUCUACAUUGUGGUUCUUUGUGGAGGUGUUCUACACGGUACCUCUCUCAGCGAAAAUGAGAAGAUAUUGAGAAGAUUUGCGGGACUUAAGAAGGCAAGAGAGGAAAUAAUAAAAGAAGUGCGGGCAAACGUUUACAAGCUUGUUGAUGAACUAAACGAGGCGUUGAACAAGCAGAUUGCGGUUGUUGACGACAAGUCAAAAUCUCCUGCAGUAAAACUCAAGGCUCUUUGGGAGCUACAAAAGGAGAAUCCGAAGGCCAGCAAAAUUUUGCGGGUCAUCUUCGAGCAAUUCGUUCCAAAACAUUUUCUUGAUAAGCAGAAUCUGAAUGAAACUGAAAAGGCAAGAUGGAAGGAAAUAGAAAAGGAGGCUCGGGCAAACGCCACUAAGCUCAUCAGUGAACUGAAACCAAUGUUGAAAAAGAGUGUUAUUCUCGACUUCAUAACAAAAGCUAUCCCUAAAAAGCUUGAUGCUUUUUUGAACUUAAUGAGGGAGAAAGGAAAGACGUACACCGUUGUAAGGACCCUCUUUGAGCAGUUCAAUCAAUUCUACAUAUGGAGAGGUGAUUUUGCAAACAUAGAGAGGGAGAAAAUAAAUAAGGAAAUGCGAGCAAAGGUAACAAAGCUCACUGGUGAGCUGAACGAGGCGUUGGACAGACAGAUUGCGAUUAUCGACGACAAGUCGAAGACUUUCAAAGAAAAGCUGAGGGCACUUUUGGAGUUAACUAGGAAGAAUCCGAAGGUGUAUCGCGUUCUGCAGUUCAUCUUCGAGCAGUUCACUCCGAAGAGGCCACAUUUUGAAAAAUACGAGAGUCUCAGUGAGACAGAGAAGGCGGAAAUCGAGACAGUCAGGGAUGAAAUAAGAAAGGAAGUAUGGGCUAAAGUCGCCAAAAUCAUUGGUGAACUAAACGCAACGUUUAUUAAAAAGACUGCAAUCCUCGACGACAAGUCAAAGACUUUCAAGGAAAAGCUCGAGGCACUUUGGGCGCUAAGAAAGGAAAAUCCGGAGGUGUACGACAUUCUUUGGGCUAUCUACGACAAAUUUAUUCGACGAAAGCGUCCAAUAUGCAGAAGAGUAUUCAAGAAGCCUCAUAUGAAAGAGCGAACAGCGACGUCGGCAGUCAGUUCUCUGAAAACGACAACUGUACCCGAAAUGCCGGUAAAAGCGGGAAAUACUGCGUGA